UUGAAGUCGUGCCAAAUUUCAAUGUCACAUAUGGAGCUAAUUGAAUCUAAACAACAGGCGCUGGUUGCAGCUGCACUUGAAGCCCAGGCGAACGCCUAUUGCCCAAUAAGCCACUUCCCUGUUGGAGCAGCAGUUCUAACGACAAAAGGGGAAAUAUAUGCUGGAUGCAAUGUGGAAAAUGCAGUUCUGCCAUGCGGAUGGUGUGCAGAAGUGAGCGCUGUGGCCGCUGCUGUAUCCAGUGGCCAUCGGCGAUUUAUUGCUUACGCAGUUACGACGGAUACAGAGGAGACUAUCAGUCCUUGUGGGCGGUGUCGACAAGUGAUGGCCGAAUUUGCUUGUCCUAAUGCUCCAAUCUUCAUGCGGAACAAAAACGGGAUGGUGAGGGAGAUGGAACUCUCUGCUCUGCUUCCCAUGUCAUUCAGUUUGCAGAACUUGCCAGCUCUUAAAUUGUGA